GUCUGUCUCCGUCAUGCAUUGAUUGAGUAGCGAGUCUUCGUUGUUUUCAGUAGGAACUACUGACUUUCGACAAAAAUGGCGUCUAAAAACGAAGAUAGAUUUCGCUUGAGUAGCGUCAAAGAAAGACUGAAGCGAUGGCAGGAAGCAGCAGCCGCGUCGAGACCAAGUUCGACGUCUACUCCGAAGCCUCGUCCUCGGCCAAGACCGAGACCAGUUUCUGGUUUACAGAAUCGAUGUUUGGCGGACAGAAGGACGGUGCAAGAAAAUGGAGUUGACCCGGAAGGACAAAUGGACAGAGUUGAAGUAAUAAGCAAAUCUGAAGAGCUGCCUGCAGAACCUGUUUAUGCCUUACCUCAGAAGAAGACAACACAGAAGUCCAAUGAACAUCAAGCAACAUUGUCUUCCCAGUCUGAUCAUGCUGUCUCUCCCGUCGCUGAUCAGGUAGGCAAUCGAUUGUCUAAGCGACUUCCAGAUCCUUCACCUUCUCAAACACGGAGAACACCACGGAAACCUCUUCCUUAUUCUAAGCACAAGGAGCUUGCCUCUUCUCCAGCUGUUCCUCGGACACUUGACACGACGGAUGUUGUUCCAUCUAACAAAGUAGCCAGUUUAAACAAAGGUGAGAAGCCAUCUAUAUCCUCUCCAAGACUAGACACGAUGACACCACAACCGUAUUUAUCGAGGUCGAGGUCAAGUUCAUUGUCUAAACCAGGAUCACCUAUUAUCAGCAGUAAUUUGAGCUCUCGUAGUUCGUCUAUAACAUCAAAUGUGCAUGUUGGUUUGCAACAACGUCCAGGUGAAGGUAGCCAGGAAACUUUGCCUCAAUCUGGGACACGUGCAGAAAGGCCACAGAUACGAUCGUUUGGUUCGGUUAAGGCUAAGACGAGAUCAUUGCCUCGAAGACCUGAUCUGCAGAGACAGGCAAGUGAUCCUCAUUUUUCAGGAUUGAUACAUGGGUCUCAUACAGAUUCUAGUAAUUCUCAUAUGACAGCAAGUAAAGUAUUAGUAAAAAGUGGUGCUGGUGAACAAGUGACUCAUUCCCAGCCUCCUGUACCUGCACAAAGACCUACUGUUCGUCCUAAGCCUGCUGUUCGACCAAAGACUUUUGUUGCUGGCUCUCCAUCUCAUAGCCCUACAGUUAAACAGCGCACCCACUCAUUAGUCUCACCUACACAGGUGGCAUCUUCUGAGAUUAUGAAGGGGUCGUCUGACAGAACAGCAUCUUUAACGAAUGUACAAGAAGUUGCUCCAGCACCAGCUCCUCGAUCACCAGCCUUGUAUCCGAAACCCAGAAAGAAUGUAGUGCCCCGUCAUCCACUGCCAAGUUCUGAAUCAAAUUUGGAGAUGGAACAAAAAGCAUUGAGGCCAGAUGGAGCUCGAGUUACCAAACCAAGACCACAGCUUAAACCAAAACCCAUGGUUAAACCUAAACCAAAACGAGAAAGUGUGUCAGCACAAAGUGGUAAGUCGCUUUCAGGUAUAACAUCGUUACGUGAGACUAUAUACCGGGAAGAUGCUCAAAAUGAUAAUGCUGAAUGUGCGGACAUGAGUUUGACUGAAACACGGGCAAAUACUGGUCAAAUUGUGUCAGAUGCAGUUGAUCUGAAAAUAGCAAGUAACGAUGCGGAAUUGACUGCUGUGAGUGAUGUUACAGAAUGUCGUGAUUUAGAUUCAAAGAUCGCUGCCGAACAAAGUCCACCUGUCUCUGAUGAGCCAAUUUAUCACACUGUUGCUGAGUGUGAAAAAGUUGAACAAGAAACGUCACUUGUUGCCUCUCGUGUUGACGAAACAGGCAACAAAACGGUCCAAUUGUCAGAGUCAUUAGAUAAUCAUGCAGCUGCUGCUACCGAUUCUUUGCCAGGAGAUUCAAAAGUGAAUGAUGUGUUUGAUAGUCAGGAGCAAGUAUGUGAAACGACCGCUUCUGCACAGGAAACCAAAGAUGAAAUUAUGGAUCAAGUUGGUACGGAAGAGAAACGACGUAGUGCAACUGUUACUCGCUUUUCUAGGUCGAUUGUCGAAGCUGCUACUGAAUUACAAGCUGCCCUUAGUGGAUCAUCACUUCCAAAUGAAACUAACCUUCCGUCUGAAGAUCAAGAGAAUACCACUCAAUACAAGGUGAAGAGAAAAGCUCCGGUACCUCCUGUGAGAUCUACUGGUGUCAAAGCUCAGCAGUCUCCAAGUGGUUCUCCUGCUAUAUCGCGAUCGCUAGCAAACAACUUGUUAUUGUCGUUGUCGGGGAAUACGUCGCCGAUGCAGCAAAAAAGGUCGCCUAUAGUUGGACCGUCAACACCACCGGCACGCUCUUCUUUAAGAAAAAGGCAGUCAUUACGGAUGCCAUCAAUUGAGAAUGCAUCUUCGACAGUGGAAACAAGUAAUUCGACUGCAGUGCUGUUGAGUCCCGAGAGAAUGGUCGUCUCACAAACUUCAAUAGAAGUCCCACAAUCUAACGUGCAGUCAUCUAGUCCAACGAAGGGUGUCUUAGAAAAGCGACUACCAGAAACAUCCAUGACUGUUUCUCCAGUUGCUACUGUUGAUGCUGUUCAUUCGAGUCAAACUGUUAGCCCUACAAAAUCUUCUUCAGAUCGUGUGUCGUCGGGUGGCCCUCCUGCUCGACCUCCGCCAAAGCCACCACGUUCUAUUGCAUCCCAAAGCGUUCUCGCAGUAUCACCUGUGGCUCAGCAGCAACAACAGCCUCAUUUUCCUCCAGCUAGUGGUGCUGGCCACUCAGCUCUGAUUCACCAGCCGUACUCAAAGAUCAGUUUGACAUCAGAAGUGUCUACUGUAAGUGAGGAAUAUGAUGAAGACAGCGACGGCUGGGGCUCUGAGUUUGACUCUGACAGUCAGGAAGAGGAAGUCGGUCCAGAAAGACCAAAGGUUUACCUCAUAGCAAAAGAGAUUGUAACAACUGAAGAGACUUUUGUUCGAGGACUGCGCCUUCUUGAUGAGGACUUUCGUAGAGCUGUUAGUGAUGAAAGUGGAAGGCCUGUUAUCGGGGAUGAAAUGAUGUCUCGUAUACUACAGAACACCAAGCAAUUGUUGCUGUUCAAUUCUGGGAUGCUUGCUGAACUUCAAGAGAGAAUAGAGAACUGGGACAGCUGCGAAAAGAUAGGAGAUAUCAUGAAACGAAACGCUCCAUUUCUGAAGCUUUACACUCCUUAUAUACAAAACUUCGAGAGAGCAACGAAAGCUCUAGAAGAAGCAACGAAGAAGAGCUCUAACUUUGAGAAAAUGAUUCGAGAAUUUGAGAGAAGUUGGCAUUGUAACAAUCUACCAAUAAGCGCGUACAUGCUGGAAACGGUGCAACGUAUUCCAAGGUAUAAGCUCCUUCUGCAGGAUUAUAUCAAACACCUUCCAGAGGAAUCAGACGAUCGGUGGGAUGCCUCAGAUGCUCUCACUAUUGUAUCAUCAGUUGCGGCUCACGUGAAUGAAGGUUUUAAGAAAAAGGAUAACUUUCAGAGAAUGUUGGACAUGCAAAGGAGACUGACCGGGAAAGGAUCCGGGGAUAUUGUGAAACCAGGCAGGGAGUUCUUGAAAGAAGGAAAGUUGAUGAAGGUUUGUCGCAAGAUUCAACAGCCUCGAAUUUUAUUUCUUUUUUCAGAUAUCCUUUUGUAUACACAUGAACUCGCGUCUGGCCAAUAUUCACUGGAUGCCACUCUGCAAUUGAAGGGAAUGAAAGUGGAUAAACUACUUGCAACACAACACAACCAUGCGUUUACGAUUGUUAGCACUCAGAAAUCAUUUCAGCUUCUCGCUGAGAGUGACAAAGAGAGAGAUGAUUGGCUGCAAAGUUUGAAAAAUGCUAUACAAGAACACGCCAGGAAAUAUGGCUCGUUUGAUCCACAAUUGCAUUACAGGGCACAGGCACAAGAUGAAAAUGUACUGCCUGGUGCAGCUGCUGAUUUCGUACUUGGAGAAAUGGCACCUGUAUGGAUUUCUGAUGACAGUGUCAGUAUGUGUAUGGGCUGCAUGACACAUUUCUCAUUCUCACGGAGAAGACAUCAUUGUCGGGGUUGUGGAAAGGUUCUUUGCGGGAGAUGUUCGUCAUUAAGUCAUCAUUUGAAUUACAUGAAGAAAGCUGCUCGAGUCUGUGUGAAUUGCUAUGAACAAUUGGCAGGAAAUGAAAUCAAACAGCCUAUUGCUAUUGACGAAUCUGCUGAAGUGAUUUUUGAAAUUGAUCCAGAAGACAUGCCGAAUCAGUCAAAACUGAAGAAGAGGAGAUCAUUGCAAUUUCAAUCAAGAAGGAAAGUGAUUUCUAAACGACCUGCAGUACUGACUGAGGUUCAGGCACGCGAUGCCAAUUCUCAGAUGUCUGGAUAUCUGCAUGUAAGAUUGGGAAGGAAGUGGAAGCGACGCUGGUUUGUUGCACACAACAUGAUCUUGUACACAUACAAACGACACGAAGAUAUAGCUGCUCUUGCGACUAUGCCUCUACUUGGGUACAGACUGGGCAAAGUUGAAAAGCGAGAUGGGAUAGACAAGAAGGAAGCAGAAUUAGCUUUGAAAUUGACUCAUCCUGGGACAGAUGGCUGCAUAUUAAGGACCGAAGUUGAAGAGGAAUUCAAAAAGUGGUGGUAUGUAUUUGAGUUGGGUGUCAAGGGGGAAAUCCCACCACCAGAGCAACAGGAGGAGCUGAAACAGCUUGAUAAUCCAGAUGUUGUCGACUUGGCGUUGUCUGCCGGGUCUCCUGCAUCUGACCCAGACAUGAUCACUACAUCUCCAGAUCCACUUUCACCGGUUGAAAUGGCUACUGCUGGUGUGCAUUCAACGGCAAGCUUAGAUUCGGGUGUUUACAGUUACGCCACGAUUUCUUCCGUGGCUCAACCGAAAGCAUCACAACCUGCUAGAAGUCCGGCAUCUCAUUCUGCUCCAGCAGAUCACAUGUACGAGGAAAUUGGAAAAGGGAAAGGUGGCCAGUUCCGUGUGGUUCAUACUCAUGAUUCUAGAGAGGAAACAGUCACAGAUGCUCAUCAGAAUGUACCACACGAAUCAACUUCACCACCUCCCGAUGAAUCUACCGUUGUUGCAUUGGAUGAUGAACAAGAGGCUGAUGUCUAUCGGAAUCCAGUUUAUGGAUCGCAUGAAUUGAUCAAGGACGCAAGUUGUGAUGAGGAGGUUGUGGUGUCACAAGAUAGUGCGGGACGUGAAUAUGAUAUCCAAGCAAACCCAUUGUAUGAGAGACCUCCGGAAACAUUCUACCUUGACGACAAUCCUACUCGUGAUGCUGUUGUCAGUUGAUAUCGUCAGGUUUUUUUAAUCAAUAACAAAUGAUAGGAAUUUAUAUAUUUAGUUUGUUAGGUUUUGUCCGGGACAGAAGUGUUGAGUUUCUGUUGGAGCAGUUUUGGACAGUCGCGGUAUUGGUAUUUGAUAGAUAUGACUUUAGUGCAGGAACAAGUUGGUUUAGUGUCCUUGAUGGAUGUGCUGCAAUGCACGUGUAUACUUGUAUAGAAACUGGUACACAUGAGAGUACAAUAAGCAAUCAAUAGUAGUUUCGCAAAGAA